AGGGCCGCCCCGAGCCCACACCCCCGCCGCCGAGUAUUCGCCUCCUUCCCCGAGAGCUGGAGCGGCGGCGGCCGCUCGCUCUCGGGCCGCCCCCCCCGCCAUGAAGGGCCGUCGGCGGUGGUGCUGGCGGGGGGAGCACCGCCGCUUGGCGCUGCUGCUGGCGCUCUACACCCUGCUGCUGCUGCUGCUGGUGCCCUACGUGCUGGACUACGGAGCCCGGCGGGCGCGGGCGGACGAGGAGCCGCUGCUGCGGCGCUGCCCCAGCCUGGAGGAGGCGCUGAGCGAGUGGGGCUGGGAGCAGCGCCAGCCGCCGCCCGGCGACGACGACGACGACGACGACGAGGCGGCGGCGGCGGCGGCUGGGAACGGCAGCGGGGCGGGCAAGCGGCACAUCUACCUGCACGCCACCUGGCGCACGGGCUCGUCCUUCCUGGGGGAGCUGUUCAACCAGCACCCCGACGUCUUCUACCUCUACGAGCCCAUGUGGCACCUGUGGCAGGCGCUGUACCCCGGCGACGCGCUCAGCCUGCAGGGCGCCCUGCGCGACAUGCUGCGCGCCCUCUUCCGCUGCGACUUCUCCGUGCUGCGCCUCUACACCGCCCCCGCCGCCCCCCGCGACCCGCUGGGCGCCGCGCCGCCCGCCGCCGCCAACCUGACCACGGCCGGCAUCUUCGGCUGGCGGACCAACAAGGUGAUCUGCUCGGCGCCGCUCUGCCCCGCCGCGCCGCGGCCCCGCCGCGAGAUCGGCCUGGUGGACGGCGCCGCCUGCGAGCAGCGCUGCCCGCCGCGGGCGCUGCGCGAGCUGGAGGCCGAGUGCCGCAAGUACCCGGUGGUGGUCAUCAAGGACGUGCGGCUGCUGGAGCUGGGCGCGCUGCUGCCGCUGCUGCGGGAGCCCGGCCUCAACCUGCGCGUGGUGCAGCUCUUCCGCGACCCGCGCGCCGUCCACAACUCUCGCCUGAAGGCCAAGCAGGCGCUGCUCCGCGAGAGCAUCCAGGUGCUGCGCAGCCGGCACCGCGCCGAGCCCCGCGGACCGCCCCGCCCGCAGCAGCCGCCGCUCCCGCCCGGCCUGGGGCUGCUGGGCGCCGGGCGGGCCCCCGCGCAGCACCGCGCCGAGUUCUUCCUCGGCGGAGCGCUGGAGGUCAUCUGCCAGGCGUGGCUCCGCGACCUGCUGCUGGCCCGCCGCAACCCCGCCGCGCUGCGCCGCCGCUACACGCAGCUCCGCUACGAGGACCUGGUGCGGGAGCCCCGCGCCCAGCUGCGCCGCCUGCUGCGCUUCGCCGGUCUGUCCGUGCCGCCCGCCAUGGAGGCCUUCGUGGUCAACAUGACCCGCGGCGCCGCCUACUCCUCCGAGCGGCCCUUCCUCAUCUCCGCCCGCGACGCGCGGGAGGCCGUGCACGCCUGGCGGGAGCGCCUCAGCCGCCAGCAGGUGCGGCAGGUGGAGGCGGCGUGCGGCGAGGCCAUGAGCCUGCUCGCCUACCCGCUGAGCGCCGGGGAGCGGCGGUAGGGGAUGGAUGGGGACCCUCCGGCGAGCGAGGGGCGAGGCGGCCCCGUGCAGCGUGGCCGUUGGGCGGCAAGAUCUGGGCUCCUGCUGUGAAGGGGAGUUGGGGACGGCCGCCAGGUGUUGAGGGUACGCGCUUCUAC